CCCGCCACCGCCCCCCGCCUGCGGCCCGACGACGUCUUCAUCGCGGUCAAGACCACCCGGAAGAACCACGGGCCGCGCCUGGGGCUGCUGCUGCGCACCUGGAUCUCCCGGGCCCGACGGCAGACAUUCAUCUUUACCGACGGGGAUGACCCUGAGCUACAGCUCCAGGAAGGCAGCCAUGUCGUCAACACCAACUGCUCGGCCGUGCACACACGCCAGGCUCUGUGCUGCAAGAUGUCAGUGGAAUACGACAAGUUCAUUGAGUCUGGACGCAAGUGGUUCUGCCAUGUGGACGAUGACAACUACGUAAACCCCGAAGGCCUGCUGCAGCUGCUGUCCACCUUCUCACCCAGCCAGGACGUCUACCUGGGGCGGCCCAGCCUAGACCACCCCAUCGAGGCUACCGAGAGGGUCCAAGGAGGUGGAACUGUGACCACGGUCAAGUUCUGGUUUGCUACCGGUGGGGCUGGGUUCUGCUUGAGCAGAGGCCUUGCACUCAAGAUGAGCCCAUGGGCCAGCCUGGGCAGUUUCAUGAGCACAGCCGAGCGGGUGCGGCUGCCAGACGACUGCACGGUGGGCUACAUUGUGGAGGGGCUGCUGGGCGCCCGCCUGCUGCACAGCUCGCUGUUCCACUCCCACCUGGAAAGCCUGCAGAGGCUGCCGCCUGACACCUUGCUGCAGCAGGUCACCUUGAGCUACGGGGGUCCUGAGAACCCACAUAAUGUGGUGAACGUGGCCGGAGGCUUCAGCCUGCAGCAGGACCCCACGCGGUUUAAGUCCGUCCACUGCCUUCUUUACCCGGACACGGACUGGUGUCCUGUGCAGAAGCAGAGUGACCUCGCCUCUCGGUGA